ACCGAAUUUAUGAAGUUCUUGCCACUGUUGGGCAACUCGCAUAUAGCGGUACGCCGCAGCUGCUGAAUAGUUUAAUGUUUAAAGUAAAAAAUGAAGUGGUAAUUCAGUAAGAUACCAAUAGGCGGCAAAUCUGGAGCUCGGCGUUGGUCCACGCAGUACGUCGCUGCGGUUUAAAGUACACUUAUUAUUUAUUCAAAAUGCGCUUUGUGCGGCGGGGAACUGUGCCCAAGAUUGCAGCAUGUUGCGGCGUGGUGCUCCUGAUGGUCACCUGGUACGCAUUGAACUUGGAGCGGGAUUUGGAUAAGAGCCUCAAGAUCGAAAUAAUCGAGCGCUCCAUAAGAUCGGCGGUGAAUCGUGGGGAGUGCCGGCAUCCCCAUCUGCCGCUGGACAAUCCGGAUAUCAUGAAGUUCUACAAGCCGGUGGAGCGAAUCAACUGCGGCGAGGGCAUGGACUGGGUUAUGUGCGAGAAAUCAAUUUGCUUCGUGCGACCGGAGAUCGCGUCCAGCCACGAGGAUGUGAUUUGCUCCUACACGGACAUCAUUCGCAAGUCGGACUACAAGGUUCGCUUUGGGCGGACACUGCGCAUGAAGGAGCCCUAUGUGCUGCAGGCCAGCGACUUUGUCAAGGUGGCCUGCCGAUCCUCCAGCGGCGAGAGUUGGUUUGGCAUGGCCCACGGCAUACGAGAUACGGUACCCCGUCCCCCGGCCGCCAAUUUCUCCCCGAACCUGGCUGUCCUGCCUCCCGAGGCGGUUGCGCAGGCUCAGCAGCAAAUGCAGGACGGGUCCACAUCUCCCUUCUACAAUGUGCUCAUGUUUGGGUUCGAUUCGCUGAGUCGCAAUGCCUUCAUUCGUAAGCUGCCCAGGACUUACGAGUAUCUCACCCAACAGCUGGGCGCCACCGUUCUCAAGGGCUACAACAUUGUGGGCGAUGGGACUCCGCAGGCGCUAGUGCCCCUACUCACGGGUUUCACGGAACUUGAGCUGCCGGAGACGAGGAAGCGGUUGUCCGGGGCAGGCAGCGUGGAUUCGUAUCCCAUGAUUUGGCAGGACUUUGCUCGCUUGGGCUAUUUGACCUCCUUCAACGAGGAUCUGCCCAAUGUGGGCACUUUCACGUACCGCAUGACAGGCUUUGAAUCCCAGCCGGUGGACCACUACCUGCGUACCUACUAUGUCCAGGCUGAGCACAUGGCCGCCGAGAGCCAACCCAACUGCAUUGGCCACCAGCCGGAUCACAUUACCAUGCUGGAGUACACCAAAAACUUUAUGCUUAAGUAUCGCGAUGCCCCGCGUUUCGUCUUCAGCUUCCAUGGCGGCUUGUCCCACGAUUCUAUCAACCUGGUGGGAGCAGCGGAUGAUGACGUCCAUGACUGGUUGGUGGCACUCAAGGAACGAUCGCUGCUAGACGACACAAUUCUCAUCAUGAUGGCCGAUCAUGGCAAUCGAUUUGCCGAGGUCCGGGCCACUCUGCAAGGGAAACAGGAAGAGCGACUGCCAUUCUUUAGUUUCGUGUUUCCCGAGUCGUUUAAGAAGCGCUUUCCGCAGCAGUACAACAACUUUGUGGCCAACGAGCAUCAGCUGACCACGCCAUUCGACAUUCACGCCACACUGAAACACAUAAUACAACUGCAAACCGCAGUCGAUCAGUUGGGAGAAGUAAGCGAUCUGAAAAUUGAACCCAGCCAGCCUGGUAUUCGCAUCUCGGAGCUAGCCCAAGGACGUGCCAUGUCGCUGCUGAAUCCAAUUCCGAGCAAUCGAUCCUGUGCGGAUGCCUACAUAGAACCCCACUGGUGUGCCUGCCUCAAUUGGCUACCUUUGCAGCUGAACGACUCCCGGUAUACGGGCAUCAUUCUCAAGGCUGCCCAAAGCAUUGUCAAUGCCAUUAACUUGGCCACAGUAGAGCAGCGGCAAUACUGUGAGCCCCUGGAGAUUCAUCGUGUGAACUGGGCGCUGCGUCUGCAACCGCACAAGGAGCUGCUGCAAUUUAAGACAAACAGCGACCGGGACGGCUUCCUCGCGGACAUGACGGGUCAGACGCUGGUCCGGGACGAGAUGUACCAGCUCCAGGUGGUAACGGUGCCCGGCGAGGGGUUGUUUGAGGCGAGUGUGGCCUACAGUCUGCACACGUUCAGUGCCACAACGAAACUCACGGACAUAUCGCGCGUCAACAAGUACGGAAAUCAGGCCCGGUGCAUAUACGACCGGGAUCCGGAGCUGCGGAAGUACUGCUACUGUCGCGACUAAUUUGUGCACAAAAAGACCUAGUCCAAAUCAUAGAAACUGCUAAGCAAUCAACUCGAAUAGAUUUCUGCACUAAUUGUAGAUUUUUGCCUACUUCUAGCUGUUAAGCGUUUUUUUCCAAAGAAUAUUGUCACGGUCUCCUUAAGUUAAAAGAUCUGCCUCAGUUUGUAAUAUACGUUCCUUUAAUUAACGAUAGUAAUGAGUUAAUAAAAAAAUGACAUUUUUGUAUUUGUAAUAAAAAAAAGGUUAGUUUUAA